UUAAAUAAAAAAAAUCUGAGCAACCAAUAAACUGUCGAGGAUCGGAAACAGGGCGUGGAUCUAUCGCUCAAUCCAAACAACCUUUCAACUUUGACACAGUUUCUCUCAACUGUGAAAGUACUCGACUGACAGUAAGAUGUCGAGAAAAGUGGUUGAAUUAUUCUAUGAUGUUGUAUCUCCUUAUUCCUGGCUGGGAUUUGAGGUACUGUGUCGCUACAAAAAUGUUUGGAACAUCGACCUCAAAUUGAGACCCGCAUUUUUAGGGGGAGUCAUGCAUGGCUCAGGUAACCGGCCCCCUGGAAUGGUUCCCAAUAAGUUUCUGUACAUGAGUACAGAUCUGCAUCGACUGGCUGAGUACUUUGGAGUGCCUUUGUCUCCACCUGCUAACCCAGCUGAGGUCAUGUUUGAGAAAGGGUCUCUGCCCGCAAUGCGUUUUGUAACAGCCGUGGCAGAGAAACAUAAAGAUGGAGAUGUACUGGUAGAGAAAGUGUCCAGGGAACUCUGGAAAAGGAUCUGGAGCACUGAUCAGGACAUUACCCAGCCUGCGUCACUCACUGAGGCAGGAUUAAAGGCAGGCCUUUCAAGCAAUGAAGUGGAGGAACUUCUUAAUCUGGCCAAAUCUCAACCAGUCAAAGACAAGCUGAAGAAUGUCACAAAGGAAGCACUGGAAUAUAAAGCUUUCGGGUUUCCACUGACAGUGUGUCAUGUGAACGGAAAGCCAGAAGUCUUCUUUGGUUCUGACCGAUUUGAGCUCAUGGCACACUGCAUUGGGGAAAAGUGGGUGGGGCCUCAGCCUACCAAGCCCACAGCCAUGCUGUGAUCACCACUUACCUGUACUUUGUAUAUUUUAACAAAUUCUAUAAAUUUUGUUGUAAAAGCACAUUCAGUAUUUUCAAUUUUAGAUAUAAACAUGAAUCCUGUUAAAAUUUUCUAAAACUAUUCACAGUUAGCUUUCAUUCCAAUAUUAAAGCUUAAUAAUGGUGCCCUUAA